AUGUUCACCAGACAGCAACUAGACAUUAACACCUGCAUAGCAACGUCACUGCACUUAAUUACACUCUACUCCGUUCCGCUCCAUCAAGCUCCAGGUAGACGACACAUCGAAUCGUAUUCUUCCGAUUCGAUUUGGGUUGACGCCACUCCCAACAUCACUUCAUUCCACUCAGCUCAACCUAAGUCAGUUCGACUUGACUCAACUCAACUGAAAGCGACAAAAUUGAACUUAACUCAACUCGAUGCCUCUCCAAUCGACUCGGCUCUGCCACUCCACUCAACCAAAUCACACUAA